AUGGGCCCCUGUACCGCCUCCUCAUGCUGCUGCCAGGCCCGUAAUCUGCCAUGGGCCCCCUGUACCGACUCCUCAUGCUGCUGCCAGGCCCGUAAUCUGUCAUGGGCCCCUGUACCGCCUCCUCAUGCUGCUGCCAGGUCCACAGUGUGUGUCAUGGGUCCCUGUACGGCCUCCCAUUGCUGCUGUCUCCAUCGCCACACUCUGCCAUGUGCCACUUUCAGGUCUCCUCACACUGCUGGUGGGUUCCAUUUUGUCAUAGGGUGCUGUAUGGCCUCCCAUUGCUGCUGCCUCCACCGCCACACUGUGGCUCCACACUCUGGUUUUGGCCCCGUGACUGCCCAAAUGAGUGAAGUGUGCGGUGAUUCUAAGAUCGACGGCACUCAUCUGCAUGUCAUACUGACUGACAGUAUUAUUUCUCUUCCCCAGCAGACUCCAAGGGCAUUUAAAUUAAAGGUACAGUGUUCUGCACUAAUAUAA